UGUUAUCAAAUGAGACGCAUUCUUAUCAGGCGAGAGACUAUGAACUCAGUUGUCUAAGGGGCGGCUUGUGAAUUAGUUCCCUUAAUCAUGGCUUUCCACAGGCAUACAGGCGGGCCCAGCAGCUACACGGUGGGCACCAUGUCGGACCGCUUUGACUGCCACUACUGCCGCGACUCGCUGCACGGCAAGAAGUACGUGCAGAAGGACGGGCGCCACUGCUGCGUCAAGUGCUUCGAGAAGUUCUGUGCCAACACCUGCACCGAGUGCCGCAAGCCCAUCGGCGCCGACUCCAAGGAGCUGCACUUCAAGAACCGGUACUGGCACGACAGCUGCUUCCACUGCACCAAGUGCUACGCCUCGCUGGUCAAUGAGCCCUUCAUGCUGCGUGAGAACAACAAGGUCUGGUGCAGCAACUGCACCGCCAAGGACGAGGCCCCCCGCUGCAAGGGCUGCUACAAGCCCAUCAUCGCAGGUGACCAGAACGUGGAGUACAAGAAGAGCGUGUGGCACAAGGACUGCUUCACCUGCUACCAGUGCAAGACCGUGAUCGGCACCGGCAGCUUCUUCCCCAAGGGUGAUGACAUCUACUGCGUCUCCUGCCACGAGCACAAGUUUGCCAAGACCUGUGCCAAGUGCAAGAACCCCAUCACUUCCGGAGGCAUCACCUACCAGGAGCAGCCCUGGCACUCCGAGUGCUUCGUCUGCACCAGCUGCAAGAAGCCCAUUGGCGGGCGGCGCUUCACGGCCGUGGAGAACGACUUCUACUGCGUGGACUGCUACAAGGAGUGCGUCGCCAAGAAGUGCGCGGGCUGCCAAAGCCCCAUCACAGGCUUUGGACGGGGAUCCAGCGUGGUCAACUAUGAAGACCAGUCCUGGCAUGAUUAUUGCUUCAAGUGCAAGAAGUGCUCCCGCCCGCUGGCUAACCGCCGCUUUGUCUGCCAUAACCAGCAGAUUUACUGCCCCGAGUGUCCCCAUAGACUGUGAGGAGGCGCCUGCGCACUCCUGUCGAGCAGAGGGGAGGCCCUGCGCAUCCCAUGAGCGUCUCGGCAAAGGGGCAACGCUUGGUUUGAUUUUAAGCUCUGUGGUUAAUCUUACUGGGCUGCAAAACUAACUCUGCUUUCAUAUAAUGGUUAGAGCGACAGCUGACGGGGCCACCCUCAUGGCAGGGGUAGCCUUGGACAGCCGGGUCCUGAGUAUUCUGCGUGAUGAGUAGCAUAAAUGCCACGAAGCUGAUUUUUAACAUGUAGCUUAAGUUCAUGCUUGACACUUAAAUGAAGCGGUUUUGACGAGGGACAUUGCAUCUUCUGCCAAGAUUAUACACAAGCGUAUAUACAGUGCUUUAACUUACGCAUUUCUCCUAACAGUACUUAUCAGCUAUACUCCUAGCAGCAAGUGAAUGUUAGAUGCCUUUUCUUAUACUCUCAAUAAGCCUAAGCUUAGACCACACGAAACCUAAGUUACGGCAAGUGCAUGCUAUGGCUUUAUGGGCUGGCUAACGAGAUAAACACUGGUUCAGCUAGAGUUAGCGCUGGCAUGGUUUAGGGAAGCCAUGCUUACAUUGAGAAUGGCUAUUGGGGGGGGGGGGGGGGGGGAAGUUACUUAUCAGCUUUUCUACUUAACUUAACGCUGCUUUUCCCAGCUGGAUUGCUGAUUCCUUAGCCACACUUCUGCUGAAGCGUAACAUGCAGAAAAAGCGACCGCGCCUUUUCAGACAGGUCUCCUGUCACACCGUGGUCUUUUCGGAUCAGCUAAUAAAAAUUAGAUUUGUGCUCGUUUGGA